CGUACAAUGUUUCUCCUCCUAUUUGAUGCUUCAAAGGAUUUCAAGAAAAGAUGGCAGUCACGUCAGAAUACCCCUGAUGGUGAAGUGCUGUUUGGUGAGGUAGUGAAUGAAAGCACGAGUGAUCUAAUGGCCAAAUGGAUGUCUACAAUACACAGUCACCUCAUGAAGCACAACAAAGAUGAUACUUCUUCCCCUAGUCUCUAUUGUAUUGGCACUCGUGGUGACAAGCUAAAAGCAAAAUGGCAGAAAGAACGAGUAAAGAAACAAAUCCAGUCCCUGUAUGAGGAGAAAGAUUUCUCAGAUCUUAUUAAAGAUGUGCUGAUCAUUGAUAAUACGACUUCAGGCAAAGCAGAAGAAGAAGAUCCCAGCAUUACAGAAUUACGUAAAGCUAUUAAUGGUUUUAUCAAUAAGUUAGUUGUUUCAACCCCUGUCAAUUGGGUUCUGUUUCGCAAAAUUUUUCAAAAGCUAAACCAGGAUGUCAUUAGUCUAUCUGAUGCUAUUGCCAUUGGAGCAGCAUGUCAUAUACCAGAGGCUGUUGUUCCUGAGGUAUUGAAAUUCUACCAUGAGCUGGGAGCUGUGCUUUACUAUCCUCAAAUAGAAGGACUGAAGAAUAAAGUCAUUCUCAGUCCAAAAUGGUUUGUUGAUACCAUUGGGAAGGUGCUCACACUAGAAGGAUGUGAAGAAGGAUGGAGUGGAACAAGAAGAUGGUUUUUGGUGCGAAAUAAUGGUAUUCUUGUUCAACCACUCUAUCAAGAAGUAUGGCAGUCAAGUGGUAUUGAUCCAGAAGAAAUAAUUGAACUUUUAGUUCAUUUUCGUCUUGCAGCUCAAGUUCAAACUGAGCUUUAUGAUAGCAGAUUCAAGCAGUAUUUUCUUCCAGCAGUGCUACCAGGAUACACAGGUGACCCUAAUGAAGCACAACCUGGUUAUAAGCUAAGAGCCUCACCUGUACACAUUACAUUCACCACUGGGUAUGUACCUCCUGGGUUCUUCACUCGUUUAGCAACUGCUGUUGCCACAAAUAGCAAUGUUAAGCUCAAUUUUGAUAAUGCUAAGGCAGUACCUACUGCUGGUUUUUUUGAUCGAUUAGCUAUUACCAUGAAGUUACGCUUAAAAGUUGAGAGAAAAGGUAUCUAUCGUAAUCGUGUCUGCUUCUCUUAUGGUCAUCCUACUGAUGAUUUUGUUCUCACUGAUGUUAAUAAAGCUAUUCAAGUUGAUGUGUUGAGAUAUGUCCCUGAGAGUAGUCAUCCUGUUCCUUUUAGAACCAUCUGUCAACAAAUAUUAAAAUUGUUAGAUGAAUGCUGCCAAAAGGUUGAAGAAACUCUUCACCAUGGCCAUCAUGUUGAUCAAUCAUCAAGAAAAGUACAGUAUGUUUGUCAAUGCAGUCUUUCCAGUGAAGUCCAUUACAUUCAAGACAUUGAUACUGAGAAGACAUACUCUGAUCCUGUUUACUGCAAAAUGAAAAGAAUUCCUCGCCCUCUAACCAUUAAUGAGUCACUGUGGUUUAAAGAAAAUAUGUCACAGGAAAAACAACUCCAAGAGAUUCCGGCACCAUUGAAAGCGAUUAAUGAAGCUAGUACUAAGCCAACAAUUCAAGAGGUCAUAUCAACUACAAUUCACUCGCCCAUACAGAUCAGUGAGUCCGGUGAUGAUCAAGAAAAAGUCAUAUUGACAAUCAGGGAUCUGGUGGAGAUAUUACGAGUGCUAAAAGACAGUCAUUUUCAAACUACAAAAUGGUUUGAUCUUGGUCUCUACUUGGGUCUGUUUCAUGAUGAUCUAAAGACUAUUGAGGAUAACUGUACACGAGAUGCCGAGCGAUGUCUCAGAGAAUGUUUAGCAAAAUGGCUUAGGGAGGAUAUUGAAGCAACAUGGGACAAACUAGCUAUUGCUGUAGCUGAAAUAGGAGAGACAUCAGUCGCUGAGAAUAUAAGAUCAACAAAAGAACUUUAAUGGCAUGCCAGGAUUACAGACUAAUUAAAACUUUAGUUACAUACUGGUAGUUACAUUAGACUAAACUUAUAAUUAUUAGUAGUAGUUGCUAUUUUUAGUGUACAAUGCUUAAUUUGCUGGAAUGUACAUGUAUACAAGAAAAUAUAUAGUUAUUAAGUACAUUGUAGUUAUUAUGCCAUUUUUAUGUAAUUAGCUAUACUUCAUUAUAGUUGAAUUAUAUUUUAACAUAAUUAUAAGUGUAUAAUUUUCUUUAAAUAAAAAUGUUGUUUUAUACA